ACGUCAUCAUGGCCUCCGCUAGCUGAAAGUAGAUUGGAAUUCAGACAUGAAAAUCCUUUGAAUUUGCGUAGAUCGUUGAGUUUUCUUCAUUUGUCCAUUCGAUAUAGGUAGUUUAUUUAGUAUUGGUGAUCUAGGAUCGAUUCUUCACCCUCCCACGUGUCUCUGUGGUUAGAAUGUCCCGUCAUGAAGGUGUGAGUUGUGACUCUUGCUUAAAAGGAAAUUUUCGGGGCAAGAGAUACAAGUGUUUGAUCUGCUAUGACUAUGACCUGUGUUCAACAUGCUACGAGGCGGGGGCCACUACGACCAGACACACCACUGAACACCCAAUGCAGUGCAUCUUGACGCGGACAGACUUUGACCUAUACUAUGGAGGAGAGGCCCUCACCACUGAACAACCUCAGUCUUUCACAUGCCCCUAUUGUGGGAAAAUGGGAUUCCCGGAGGCCACACUACAUGAUCAUGUCACUUCAGAACAUGCUGAUGCCUCAGUAGAAGUGGUGUGCCCGGUGUGUGCGGCCCUCCCUGGAGGGGACCCUAACCAUGUCACCGAUGACUUCGCCUCCCAUCUCACCCUGGAACACAGGACACCCAGAGAUUUCGAUGAACCUGCAGGCAUGCGUCAUGUGCGACGUAUUCCUCACCCAGGUAGAGGAGUGAGUGGCUCGCGCACACGGCGAGCUAAUAUGCAUUUUGCAUCUACUGGUACGGCACUCACAGGGCUUUCACCAAGUGGCAGAGAAACUAUGGAUCCAAUUGCAGAGCUGCUGUCCCAGCUCUCCAGUGUUCGAAGUCGUGCAGCAGCUGCGCAGUCGGUGUCGUCCCAGUUGCAGCAGCUGGAGAUGCAGUUACAAUCAACUAGAAACAGUCAACAGAUAUCCUCAUGGUGUUACAACAGACAACAACUGGAGAGGUUGCCCCGCCGACAGGCUGAGGCAGCUAAGGUGGCGCUGCCAUCUAAUGCACAGAACAGUAAUGCUGACCAAGGAGGCAGCAGUGGAGGGAGCAGCCAGUCCAAUUCUCUCUAUCUUCUUGUCAAAUGUAGUGACGAGCUGUCCGAGUCCGAGCAGAAAGCUGAGAUGGAGCGCAGUGACCGUAGUAUGUUUGUACAAGAGUUGUUGCUGUCGACACUUACAGACCAGAUACAGGUCCAGGGGGACAGCGAUGACCCCUCUGCGCUUCUAGAAGCUCUCAAAUCUCCCUCAUCUGAAGAAGUACAGGGCGAGUCCAAGGCAUGUGAUGAUAAGAAGCCCUCUGGCCCCACACAGAGUAAACCUGUAAUUCCCUGUGUGGCCCCUACAACUACAAAGCCAGCGGAAAGCCGGCAGACGAGUUCAGCAGCCCCUUCCUCAAGCCAAAGGUCAAGCGGAAGUGGCUCUGGAGCUGCAGCCAGCAGCCGGCAACACGUCGGGGGGACAUCCAGCCAGGGGGGAGGUGGAGGGGGGACCCGGCAAGUGUAUAAUUCCUUGUCCAACCCUACCGCUGUAUCUCCUAGUGUUUCCAGUAGUAGCUCCGCCAGUGGUAGUUCCAUGCUACAGAUACCUGCCCGGGCCUCGGGGCACCCGCGGGACCCCAGGAUAAACCCUGCAGCAGCUAAACGAAAUCUGCUCAAACACAUGCCUCCCCCUCGAGCCUCGGACACAGAACCUCCUCAUUAAUAAUUACCCCUCUUCUGGACUGUGACACUAAUAUAUACAAAGAAACCAGAUGGGAAUAACAAGAGACCUAUUCCAAUGUUGGAUGACUACUAUAUUAUUUAUUGCUUUGAUACAAGCAGAGUUGCUUGCUAUUGUGCACUUUGGACACAUACAAUAGAGCAGUGUAAUCGUUUGUCGUGUUCAGAAUUUGUGAUGUGACCUGGUUCAGGCCGGGCUCAUGAUGAUGCCUUUAGUACAUUGAAGUACCGUAUCAAGUUCAUUACAAAUUUGGGGUGUGCCAAUUACUGUGAGUUGGCACCGUAUUGCAUAUUUUCAUCAUUUUUUUUUUUCAAGACUAAAGACCUGUGAUAUGUAAUAUCUUGAUCUUUGAAUAUCCUACCAAAAUAAAGUUGGAUUCUAAAGUAGAUGUACUGUAGUGAUUGUGACCUCCAUUGUACAAACUUGUAUCUCACAGAACCAUCCAAAGGUUUGAAAAUAACGCAUUGUUAUUGGAGUUAGUCUAUGCGGUCUCGUCACCUCACCCGUGUAAACUUGGUAGCCUCACUGAAAAGGCCCUUACAGCAUCCCUCUCUGUCAACAGGUCAUUAGGUGCUGACGUCAGUCACAUCAUGGUUUAUCAUUGACUUCAUACUGCACAAUGCAAACGGACACACAUUUGCUUGGGCGUGUUAUGUUAACAGCAAGUUUCCAGAAAGCAUAGUUACUAUCCCUAUGGUUGACAAUAUUAUGAAAGGCCGGUAAAUUGUGUUGAGUUAUGAUAGUGACUGAUAUGUUUGUACAGUCUGUAAGAUAGAGAAGAUUCAUUAAGUUUUCUUGUUUGUUUCCCCAUCUUCGUAUAAGUACCACUGGUUAGCUCAGGGAGUGACCCCCUCUCAACACCGGUAAUGUUGACACUGCUACCUACAGUUUCCAGUCUGCACCAAUUGUAAUCCAUAUGUAUGCACAAUCAUCUUGUCACAGUGACCAUUCCCUUUUCUCAGUUGAGUCUGAUUGACAUUGUGGAAUGUCUUGAUGCAGGACAUCUUCCCAUAUAACCAUCGUCAGCUAGCUUGUGUAUGAGCUGUACAGUAAACUUGCCAUUUCUUCAGUCAUGCACUCCUGGAUAUUGCUUAGGGAUAGUUGGUACAUUAUCCAUUGACUACUUAGAUUGACGUCCUGAUGUUGGGUAAUAUUACUGUGGCGCUAAAACAUAUGGGGAAAAAACGAUUUCGUUUGACAUUACGUCUCUGGUUAUACGGUUAGUCGUCUAUUUGUGUCUUUCAUGUAAUCGAACAAAUAUAUUGAUCAAUCUGAACCUGUUAACAUUAUAUAUUGAAGUAUUACUAAUGGCCAAAACUGCUUACAUGUAUGUGAUAUUUGUUCGAUUAUUUAUCAAGCGUGCAGUACUGUGUGACGGUACUUCAUAUGCUUUCCACAUUUGCUGUGUUUUGUUCACACAAGUAGAAGUGACCACUUAUCCCUUUUUGAUUUCAUUCACUCCUCUAUUUUGAUAAAGGAUAUUUUCGUACAUGGGAAGUUUUGUAAUUAUGGAGAACAAGAAACCCAAUGACUUCAGUAGAUCCUAGUGUUACUAACAUUUGCCAAUGUUAAACAUCUGUUUGGCUCACCAAGGUACUGACGGGUUGAUGGUCAUGAUGAUUAUUGUCUCUUUGUAUUGAUAUGCUAUACAUGGCAUUGUUGUGCAGGUCAUAUGAACAGUGACUGCAUGUAUCUGUUUUGUCAUUGGUAUCUUAUAAUCAAAGAGGUGCUUCUAUUAAAGUUGUUUUUAAACUGGGAUAACAUACAAAAGAAUGCUUUGAAUUAAAUUGCUUGUAACUACAGGGGCAGUUGGCUGAGAUUGUGAUAAACCACAAGGUUAAUGUAGAUUACAGAGCUAGUAGUAUGAUAGAAUGAUUGUUAUCUGAUGCUGUUGUAUCAACAGGCUUGCUAGUUUCCGCUGUAUAAUUGAGGAUGACUUUCGCCCCUGUAGAGAGUGACUGACAGUGAUGCAGGUGUAUGUACUGGCUGUGGUUGGGGUUGGGGUUGCACAGUAUGUGUGUGUGCAUGUUGGGCGUCAGGUUCCCUUUGCAACACAUUUUUUAGGAUAUUUCUUGCACAAAUCAGGAAUAAUGUUCAGUUAGUGCAGUAGCCCUCAAAACAGUUCUGAUUGUGGAGUACCCCUCAAAGCUGAGGUGUUAGGGUGAUCUGGACCCCUCAAAACAGGUGUUCAGAUGAUACGUUUGUACAGAGUCAGGAGUGGCGAUGCCUUUCCCUGGUGACAGUUCCGGAGGCAUCAUGCCCAGACAACAUGAAGGGACAGACACGUUAUGAUCUUAACAGAUGUUAGGAUGGUCUCCUGCCUCUAGCAACAGUGAUGAUUAGGUAAUGUUACGAGAAGCAGGUGCAAAUUAUAUCCUCCUCUCUGCACAAGUGAUGGGCAGGGGUUGUAGCUGUCUCAGCCAUGGUCACAGAUGUGAAGCCUAAGCAACAGCAAUGUUGAUGUGAUGCUCUUUCUCUGUCACCAGUGAUGUUCUGGUGGCUCUUUGCUAUAAGCAACAGUGAGAUGUAGAUACUAGUUUCCUAGCGAUUGUGAUGUUCAGGUGAUGUGUCCUGAACUACGAGAGGCAGAUUCCAUUCCUGUGUAGGUGAUCUUUGUCCUUGUAGAGUUCAUGGGUUUAAUGUGAUGCUGUAAGGUCUUGUUCAGAGCUAGGCUGUUUGAUGUGCCAUGCUUCUAGCUGUCAGGGUGAAAGGGCUGGCCUCCAGUGGAUUUCAAUUAAUUAAGACAAGGAUUGAAAGUGCUUUAUUUCACAAAUUAUUUACUGUACAAUAUUCUGAAGUCUGUGAGAGGAUGUGCUAGUGCACAGUGUAAUUUCUACUGUUAAGUAUUUAUACUUAUUAUUUUUGUUGUAAAUUUCCAGUGAUAUUUGUACAUAGUGGAAGGCCAGCAGUGGGGCCUUCAUGGAGUCGAGGGGAGGCAGUAACAGACAAGUCCUGGCUUACUUGGCUCUUUGUAAAUGUAACUGCAGACUUCAACAUUAUUGUUUGUACAAAGGUCUGUUCUAAACAGAAUGAAAGGCUGCGUGUUUGUACCUAUGUUCAGGAUGGAAUAAAAUCAUAAAGAGAUAUAAA